AUGGCAGCCCUGCUACAAACGGAUUUGCCAGACUUUCAACUUCUUUCCAGAGGAAAGGUCCGCGACGUUUACGCAACUUCGUCGCCCGAUCAUCUAUUGUUUGUCGCAACCGACCGGAUAUCAGUGUACGAUGUCGUCCUCAACAGCGGUAUCCCAGACAAAGGCAAACUCCUCACAAGCAUCUCGCUGUUCUGGUUCGAGAAGCUGAAGCACAUCAUUCCUAACCAUCUUGUUACCGUCAAUAUCGAUGAGAUGCCAGAUGAAGUCCGGGAAUACCGCGAGCAACUCGAGGACCGCACUAUGCUUGUAAGAAAGGCCAAAAUAGUGCCCAUAGAAGCGAUCGUCAGAGGAUACAUCACUGGUGAGCUGAUUCGAUCAGCCUGGGCAGAGUACCAAAAGUCACAGACUGUCUGCGGUAUCCCAAUACCGGAGAGGAUGGAAGAAUCUCAAAAGUUCCCGACACCGAUCUUCACUCCGUCUACCAAGGCUGAGCAAGGCGCCCAUGACGAGAACAUCUCGCCUGAAAAAGCCGCUCAACUCAUCGGUCAAGAUCUAUUCGACCGUAUUCAGGCUGCAUCUUUGCAACUAUAUAUGGCUGCUGCUGAAUAUGCAGAAUCAUGUGGACUUAUUCUCGCAGACACGAAGUUUGAAUUCGGUCUUGUUCCCUCUGCUUCUGCUGGGCAAGACGAGCUCAUCCUUGUGGACGAGGUCCUUACGCCUGAUUCGUCGCGAUACUGGCCCCGAGACCAGUAUGAACCUGGCAAAGGACAGCCAAGCUUUGACAAGCAGUAUGUCAGAAAUGCGUUGACUGCCGCUGGGUACAGAAAAGGAUUAGAGAGUGGACCAAACGCAAACGGCAAGGGAUGGGGAAUCGAUGAUAUUGUCAUCGAGGGGACUAGAAAACGAUAUAAAGAAGCUGAACAAAUGCUGAAGUCGCUACACUCAUAG